GGACGGACCGACGGAGGACCCCAUCCGCCAUUUAAGAUUGCCAUAUAUACAUGCCCAGCUUGCGAAGCUAGUUGCCUCUCCAAUCUCUCUCUCUCUUCUGAUCUCGAUCUCCUUAUUAGCUUCUCUGAAUUAUUGAAAGUUUUCAGACGGACGGCGGUGAUUGAUGAAAAUGAGUUGCAGAGGCGGCGCUGACUCUCACCACAAUAAUAAUAAUGUGAGGGAAAAGUCGUUCAGAAUCCGGCACGACGACCUCAAGUUGUUCUCCAGGUUUCUUUCACGGCAAGAAACCUCCAAUCGUUACUACGGCGAUGUUUCCGUGCCGUUUGUCUGGGAGUCGCAGCCGGGAACUCCAAAGCACAGAUUCGCCGACUCCGCCGCCGCGCUCCGCCCUCCGCUCACUCCUCCUCCCUCUUACUACUCCAAUUCCAAAUUCACGCCGGCCGUAGCUCCGGCCAGGGACAAAAAGGCGCUCCGGCCGGGAUCCAUUCUUCUACGAACUUUGCUCACCAAGGUGAGUCUCCGGAGAACCAAAUCAGCCGCCUCGGCGGCGCCUCCGCCGCCGUCGCUCUCCCUCUCGCCGUCUUUCUCCUCCUCCUCCUCCUCCCUCUCCUCGUUCUCCACCACGCCCACGCGCUCCAGCUUCCGCGGCCGGCGAGCGCGGCGGUUUUCCGGCUCCGGCUCCUCCUUCGAUAAGGGCGUUGAAGACAUUGCCAAGGCGGAGCCGUCGCCGGCGUGCUGCGGUAUCAUCAACAUGGAGCGGAGUAUCAUCGCGAAGAAGGUUCUGUUCUCCAUUGUUGGCCGCCGCCAAAACCUUAAUUAGUUCGUCUUUCAACCGUCAUUUUCACAUGAUUAUGUCCUUAAUUUUUGUUUGUCUUUCAAUCAUAAUCUUUAGAACAUGAUUGCUCAGCUCAACGUUAAUUCUCUGAGUUCAUCAAUGUAAAUCUAGUAAUCUACUUGUUUGCUUGACUGAUUAGUUGAUGAUUUGCAUCGUAUAUUAAUUUUGGGAUA